AUGGAUGAUAUUUUAAAAAACUUAUCGUCGCUGUCUGGAAAUGCAUCUGACAUUUUUAACUUUACCGACGAUGAAAUACAUGACGACAGGGAAACUAUAGAUUUCAUUAUUAGAUGUGUCAUACCCUCCGUAUACAUUCUCAUAAUAACAGUCGGAUUGUUGGGGAAUAUCACCUUGGUGAAAAUAUUCAUCACGAAUAGUGCGAUGAGGAGCGUUCCAAAUAUUUUUAUUUCCAGUUUGGCAGCCGGAGAUCUUUUACUUUUGGUUACUUGUGUUCCAAUAGACGCAUUCAGAUACUUCUUCGAGGAGUGGAUCUUCGGAACCGUGGCGUGCAAACUCAUACCUGUGAUCCAGCUCACUUCUGUCGGAGUAUCAGUGUUCACACUAACCGCGCUAAGCGCUGACAGGUAUAAAGCAAUUGUGAACCCCAUGGACAUCCAGACCUCAAGUGCAGUUUUCUGGACCUGUUUGAAAGCAGUGUCCAUAUGGCUAAUCUCUGUGCUGCUGGCCGUGCCAGAAGCCAUCUUCUCCCAGGUAGUCCACAUCGAGGACAAGAAUGUGACCUUCACUGCCUGCGUGCCCUAUCCGCUCUCCAACGAGAUGCAUCCCAAGAUUCACUCCAUCAUGAUUUUCCUGGUCUACUUCCUCAUUCCCCUGGGCAUCAUAUCCAUCUACUACUUUCACAUCGCCAGGACGCUGAUCAAGAGUGCCCAUGACAUGCCCGGGGAGAUCAGCGAGCACACGAAAAGACAGAUGGAAACGAGGAAACGCCUGGCGAAGAUCGUCCUGGUUUUCGUCGGCCUGUUUGCACUGUGCUGGUUCCCCAACCACGUCCUGUACCUGUACCGUUCCUUCAACUACCGUCACAUCGACUCCUCGCUGUCCCACCUCAUCAUCACCCUGCUGGCCCGCGUCCUCAGCUUCUCCAGCUCCUGCGUCAACCCCUUCGCCCUGUACCUGCUGAGCGAGAGCUUCCGUAGGCACUUCAACAGCCACCUGCACUGCAAGAGGAAGGCUUACCCAGAGCGCACCAUGAGCUACAUGCAGAGCACGUCUGCCGUCCGCAUGACGUCCAUCAAGAAAAACACUCCCCCCGCCGUCAACGGACACAAACAGGAGGUCUCGCUUUAG